UUGUUGUUCCCAAAUUUGAAAAAUUAAAAAACAGAGCUUGAAGCAUACAAUCAGACUCCCAAGUUUUGAAGGAAGAUAGAGGCUUCCUUCCUGCAUAACUACUAUGUUUUCGGAGAGCUUCUUGCUGGUUUGCUGAUUCCCCAAGCUGGUUUGCUGAUUCCCUCCAAUACCUCUUGAUGUUUUCUCAUCUUACCUACUAAUCGGACAUCUCUCUCUCUCUCUCUCUCUCGCCCAUCUUUGCCAGCGACCAGAAGGUGAAGUAAGACUCAGACUCGAUGGGUGAUGAGAAGGAUGCUUUUUAUGUUGUCAGGAAGGGGGACAUUAUUGGCUUCUACAAAAAUUUGGAUGAUUGCCAAGCUGUAAUUGGAUCCGCUGUUUGCGAUCCUUCUGUUACUGUUUUUAAAGGUUUUUGCUUGCCAAAGGAGGCUGAGGAUUAUCUUGCCUCACAUGGGCUUAAGAAUGCUGUUUAUUCUAUCAAGGCCACUGAUCUGCGAGAUGAUGUUUUCGGUCAACUUGCUGUCUGCCCGUUUCAGCAACCAGCUUCUGCUGGAGGAAAAGCAUUGGGCAAGAGUAAUCGUGAAAAGAGACUGCAGCAUGAGGUAUUUGGAUCCACUUCAUUUUCAGCAACUUCUCUGAGAGAGCAGCUUGAAUUUCACCACAUUCCAAGUGUGUUUUUUCAUCAUGAGGUAUUUGGAUCAACUUCAUCUUCAGCAACACCCCCAAGAAAGCAGGCCAAAUUGCAAAAUUCUGGCUACGUUCCAACUAAUUAUUAUCCUGGUCCUAGUUCCUGUAUUCUUGAGUUUGAUGGUGCUUCAAAAGGGAAUCCUGGGCUAGCUGGGGCAGGUGCUGUGCUGCAUGCUGAAGGUGGAAUGGUUUAUCGAGUGCGGGAAGGAGUUGGAAUUGCUACUAAUAAUGUUGCUGAAUAUCGGGGAGUGAUUUUAGGAUUAAAUUAUGCGCUUAAGAAAGGAUUUAAACACAUUCGUGUCCAAGGAGACUCCAAACUUGUAUGCAUGCAGGUUCAGGGUCUGUGGAAAACUAAAAACCCAAACAUGACCGACUUGUGUAAGGUGGCCAAGGAGCUCAAGGAUAAGUUUAUGUCAUUUGAGAUCCGUCAUGUUGAAAGGGAGCUCAACUCUGCAGCUGAUGCUCAGGCAAAUCUGGCUGUAUAUCUCAAAGAGGGGGAAAUUCAGGAGGAAUGUGAGAUGAAAUAGGACAAAUGGUAGUUGCUGGAGGAGCAGCGAGCAGUUUACUGUGUUGUGUAUGCUUGGCCAGAAGAAUGAUUAGAACAUGUCUAAACUUCUUGUUAAGCUCUUAAUUUGGAUCUUAUUAAGCCAAAGUGGGAGUCUAGUCUUUUAGCCUAGCUCGACGGUUGACACUGUUUUUGAUGAAUCAAGAAGCAAGCAUAUACUUUUAUGGCACCCUGACACUUCAUCAAUGAAUUAAUGAAUGAAUGAAUAGUGAGAGGUAGAGGGCAAAAGCCUCAAUCCAACUUCCUCUGCUGGAUAUGGAAAGCACACCAAGAUCAUGUUCUUAAGUGAAAUUGUUUUCCGAAUGUGUUUCUUCUUGUAAUUCGUCUUGUCAAUCAGCGAGUGAUUAAAACAGAUGAACUGGAUCAACGAGGAGCAGGGAAUGUGGGGGAUUUUGUUUCUCAUGAUAUCAGUCUGCAUUUGUACUUCAUGAGAUCCGUUUUUAGAGAUUUUUCUUCUUUUUCAAACUGUCUUAACUCUGUGCUACUGUUACAUGGUUCUAACAUCAAUCAUGUGGCCCCUUAUUUUUCCAAUUUGGCAAUCCCAA